AUGCAGUGUUUGGAAGAGAUAGAUGUUUUCUCACCGUUAGCAUCUCAACCGUGUGAAUCAUCUGCUAGUUCUCCUGAAGUACUUUACAGCCCUCGAGUUAAAAAGGACCUGAUACCAAAAAUUGCACAAGAGUUUGACAAUUUAGAUGAUGUUCAUAUUUUUUACAACAAAUAUGCUAAAGAAUCUGGAUUUGGUAUGCGAUUGAAUUCUAGCAAGAGGAAUAGAGAAGGUGAAAUCAUUAGGAAUGAGUACAGUUGUUGCAAAACUGAACCUACUUUACGGCGUCGGGGGAUAACUGGAGAGGGUUGUGGUGCAAAACUAUCUGUUGUGAAAAGACGGUCAAGUGAAAAGUUUGUUGUCUCCCAAUUUGUCGAGGGUCAUAACCACCCUCUUACAUCUCCAAAGAGGGUGCAUUUGUUGCAAUCUCAUCGUAAAGUGUCAGUUGCAAAAAAAGCACAACAAAAGAAUACAGAAGAUCCUGAAAAUGUUGGAUUUUUACAACAAGAUCUUUAUAAUGCUGAAAGGGAGAGGAUGAAAACUUUAGCAAGACAUGACGCCAAUAUGUUGUAUGAGCAUUUCCAGUUUGAACAACAAAAGAAUGCAGGUUUUAUGUUUACAAUGAAGAAAGAUGAUGAUGGGAGGAUGACUCAUUGUUUUUGGGCGGAUGCGACCUCUAGAAAGUCGUACCAAUCUUUUGGGGACGUGGUGGUGUUCGAUACAACGUACAACACAAACCGAUAUGCUAUGAUUUUCACACCUAUAUUAGGGGUUAAUCACCACGGGCAGACAACGAUUUUUGGGUGUGGAUUCUUAAGUAAUGAAAGAAGUGAUUCUUUUGAGUGGCUUUUCAAGGAAUGGUUGAAAGCGAUGCCAGUAGGCCCGCCCAAAAUGAUCAUAACUGAUUAUGAUCUGGCAAUGGCAAAAGCAAUUGCUACUACUCUUCCAAAUACACAUCACAGGUAUUGCAUUUGGCACAUUGUGAGUAAAUUUCUGAAAAAAUAA